UGGUAGGCCCUCUGGCUUCACGGGAACUAGGCAACCCAAACCGCCCGCCGCGGUGCUGCACCAUGAAGUUGCUGCUGCUGCCUUUGGCGGCGGCACGGCUAACCAAGUGCCCAGGGGAAGACCGCUCGCCUGAGGGGACCUGCACAGUGGAUGGAGGCUUCGUUUGUUUGCAGCUACUGGAUGCACAUGGUAGCCGCCACUUCGCCCCGGGGCAAGACUGGUGGGACAUCACCGGCCAGACCGCGAAAUGGGACGACCGGAUACGCGGCAAUGGCGGGGACAGCUGGUGCGUGUGUGCCACAUGCGCCUCGGAGAUCGUGGACAAGGUGGGGUGCGAGAACAUGCCCAUCCGCUGCGAUGCAACCAAUGAGCGGGACGUCUUUGGCAUUGACUUGCCUGAGUACAAAUCCCUGGAGCGCUGCUUGCGAAGCAAGUGCCACAUGACACAGCUUUGGGACGCCAACUUCCCGGAAGUACAGAGCCAGUUGCAGCGCAGCUGGGCCCUGCCCGCCGCCCUGGCCUGUGCCGCCGUCUCGGUGGCUGUGGCCCUGGCGCUGCUACUGCGACGGCUUUCUACGCAAGUUGCGCGCUACGAGCCGCUGGCAGACAGCAGCGAGGAUGAGGUCCUGCUGGACUGCGAGUGA